UUAUGCAAAUGGAUAAAUAAAAAAGAAGAGUUAGCUAAAGCUUCACCAAAAACCUUCAAACUACACAAAAGCAAAUCAUCUCAUUUUUCUCAAAUUGAAGAACAUUUAUCUAAUUGGAUUAUAGAACAAUAUCAGCUACAAAAUAUCAUUACUCAAGAUAUGAUAACUGCCAAGACAGUUUCACUUAUCCGACAUACCAAUUUUCAAUAUUUGCCAAAUAUUCAGUCAUUUAAAUUUUUAUGUACUUGGCUUGAUAGAAACAUAGAUAAGACCCCUCUUACCUUUGAUUUGCCAAAUUCAACAACUAUUGACAAAUGA